ACGCAGCAUGUGCGUUUUAAGAAAUUCCGGUGUGGUUUUGCAAUGAAACCAACUGACACACAGUCAGAGAGGAAGAGACUGGGGUGGUGGGAGGGGAAGGGCCGCACAAAUGUCAAACUGCUCCACUGGAAGCAAGAUGGAUCCUCGCUCUUUUAUUCAUUACAAGCGCAGAGUUGAUAAGAUUUUGUAAUUAUUUGUCUGGAGAAGUGCUUUGGCUGCCCUCGUGCCACAACAAUGGACCCUAACAUUAAGGAGAAAAUAGAGGAAUUCAUGGGAGGUGCGCUGGCUCAAUGGGUCGUGCUGUUUGAGGAUAUGGUGGACAGUGAGGACGGCGUCCAGCUCUACAGCCAGUACAUGGAAGUGAACUCAGCUUCCCAGGGCGCCCGAGAGCGUUACAUGAAGCUGACCAAUGGGAUUUUUCUCAAUCAGGUCAUGAGGAUCAUAGAUCCAAACCCCAAGACGGAGCGGCUGUACCACAGUGAGAGAGAUGACCACAUGCUGAGAGUCCAGAACUUCUCUAUUUUGAAUAGACACCUCAGAGCGUUCUACCAGGAGGACCUGCAGCAGCUGAUACUGAUGCCUCUGCCUAAUGUUGCUAUUCUGGGGCAGGACCCCCUGACAGAGGCAGCUGUGGAAGAGCUCAGGCGACUGCUGCUGCUCAUACUAGGAUGUGCAGUGCAGUGUGAGAGGAAGGAAACGUUCAUUCAGCAGAUCCAGUCUCUGGACAUUGAGUCCCAGGCAGCCAUUGCAGGCUGUAUUCAGCAGGUGACUCAGGAUCCUCGUAUGGUGCUGCCGCUUCAGUGGGAAGAACUGAUGGAGGCCGAAGGUGCAGAUUUACAGCUGGUCUUCAGCUCCAUGGCCAAACAAAUCCAAAGCCUGCUGGCGCAGAGAGACUCACAUCUGGAGAGGAUAACAGAGCUCUGUCGAGAGCGGGAAGCCCAAGUUGAUUCAACAGCAGUGCCCCUGGUUGGCUUCAGCGAAGAGCUGCCUCAAGGUCUGGCGCUCCAGCUGGCAGACAGCAAGGCCAAACUCCGCCGCCUCAAACAACAGCUGGAAGAUAAAGGUGAUCAGAUAUUGGAUUACAAGCAGGAGAUUCAAACAAUGGAGGACCAGUUCAAAAAGCUUCAAAAAGAGAACCGCUCCCUGCAGGGUGAGGUGAGGGGCAUGCGCGCGCUGCGGGAUGAGCUGGACUGCGCUCGAGAGCGGGCCACAUGGACCGAGAAGCUCCAGACUGAGCUUCAGAGCUGUAAACACAGACUGCGCAGCCUGGAGCUCACACGCACACAGCUGAAGGAACAGCAGCAGCUGGUCACUGCUCUGCAAGAGACUAAAAGUCUUCUUGAAGAGCAGCUGGUGGACGCGCGGACACGCUGCUCCUCGCUACGGGAGCUGGAGAGGGACAAUCUUCUGCUGCGUCAGAAAAUAAUGGAUGUGGAAGCGGAGCGGGACACUGAGAGGCAGCGAGUAGAUGAGCUGCUGGAGAUGAACAUGAGUCUGGAGGCGGACAUUAGGCACAUCAGCACCAGCACCGGAAGCGUCCCAGCUCCUGCUUAUCCAAUCCAAGGUUUUCUCCGAUCAGAACUGAUGGAUUCUGAUGAGGAGCUGAGUGACAUAACUGUCUCAGAUCAGAAGCCGCUGAGUGUGGAAGUAGGGGAGGCUUCGACUCUGAGGCUGCUGGGAGCAGAGCAGGAGAACGCAGAGCUGAGGAGGAGACUGGAAGAGCUGGAGACCCAGCAGGAGGCUGAUUCUCCUGAUGCAAAGGGCGAGUUGGCCUGUCAGGAGAUCGAGCACCAGAACACACUCAGGGAGUGUCAGAACUUGAAGAAUGAAAAUGUCACUCUGAAGCAGCGCCUGGAGGAGCUACUGUGUGAGCUUAAGGACAAGAGGAAGCAGGAAGAUGUUAAGAAGACAGACACAGAGGUGGAGGAGGACACGUUAGUGAGAGGAGUCCAGGGCUCUGAAUCGUGUAGGGGUGAAGGGGAAGGAAAGGUGAGGCUAAUGGUGGAGAGGGAGAAAAGAGGAGAAAUUAUCGGGACGCGGCGGGAAGCAGGAGUGGGCGAGGAGGUCCUCAAUGUGGGAGACGAUGAACCAUUAGACGAGGAGGUCCAGACCAAAAUGAGGGGUGAAGCAGAAGGAGGGCAGAAAGAAAGGGAAAAACAGGAGAAAGAAAGAGCACCAAAGAAAGAACAGUGUUCACUGAACACUAGCCCACAGAUCAUGAAGCUCCCCGUGGAAGAUAAUACAGAAACUAUUGCUGCACACCUGGCCAUGUGCUCCCUCUCUGCUCCGGAUGUGGAGCUUCUCACUAAACGGUUCCAUCAAGCACAAGAGGAGGCAGAUCGACAGGCGAACCUGGCCCAGGACCUGCGCUCAAAACUGGGAGAGCAAAGCAGGAAAACGUGGGAAGCUGAGCAAAAGCUGGUGCUCAUGGAGGCUGAGCUACAGCGCCUGAAGAAAGCUGCAGAAAGUCUGUCGGAGGCUCGCAGCAAGAUAGAGGUACUUCAGUCUGAGGGACUGGCCAUGGAGGAGGAGCUAUGUCGUCUGCGCAGCCAGGCAGAGCUUCACAGGAUGCAGACCACCGUCAUUGCCACCCUAGAAGGAGAGCGGGCUGCUCUAGAGAGAGACAAGGACGCGCUACGCAGCACAGUGGACGCCAUGCGAGCUGCCCAGCGCAAGAACGACCAACUAGAGCUCAGCAUUCAGACUCUCAGAGCGGAGCUGGAACGCCAGGGCCGCAGUCUGGAGACUUCCCGUCGUCGGGAAGAGGAGCUGGAGGCAGAACUCCGUGAAGCCACUUUGGAGGCUGAAUCUCUGUCCAGGGCACGAGACCAGGCUCUGCUGGAGGCCUCACGGCUGGAGCAGGAGAAAGAGGUUUGCCAAUCCGAGCUCGACUGCCAGCGAAAAGAAGGGAGGCAGAGAGAGAGGGAAGCAGCCAGACUCAGGCAGCAGCUGGAGAGUACGACCUUGGCCCUGGAGCACGGCAACCAGAGAGCUCGUACUCUGGACGCUGAACAUAGACGUGUGUGUCAGCAGCUGUCUGAGUCCAACGAGCUCUGCGCUCAGCUCCAGGACCUGCAGGACAAACUCACCACUCAAUUAAGCAGCAUGGAGGAGGGUAAACAGCAGCUGCAGGAGCAGUGUGCAGAGGCUCAGGCCAAGAUUGGCUCACUCUCUCAGGAUCUGGCCGAUGAGCAGGCACGCUUUCAGAAACUAGCCGCCGAAACUGAUAAUCUGAGGCAGAAGCUACAAAGAUCUGAAGCUGACCUCCGGGUGGCCAGAGACUCUCUUAACCAAUCACAGGAGAAAGUCAAGACACUCUCACAGUGCCUCGACAAACAUGAAUCUCCCCUCAAUUUUGAAAAGACAAGGGAGAGUGCAGAGGUGAAAGAGAUGUCCAGCUCAAAUUCAGAAUCGACACAGGAGAUAUCACUUCAGGAUGGAAGCACUGAAACUGGAGAUGAUCAUCCCCAUUCUUUGAUGUACCAUCACACAAUAGGAGAGAAAGAGAUGCAGCUGAAUGAAAGAUUGACAGAGCUGGAGAAAAAGAGAGCAGUGGCAGUUGCAGAGCAAGAGGCUUUGCAAGUGCGGUUGUCUCAGAGCCAGGAGGCAUGCGACCACCUGAAAGAGCAGCUGGAGGCUCUGCGCCGGCACUCCCUCAGCCUGCAGGACUCCUGCACCAGACUGCAAACACUCAACACCCAGCUGCAGGUGGAGCAAGCAUCCCUGAGUUCCCAGCAUGCAGCGGUGGUGGCGCGCUGCAGCGAGAGCGAAGCAAGGUGUGCCGCCCUGGAGGCGGAGUCAAAGGUUUGGGCCCGAGAGCGCGAGGAGUCAGCGGCCAGGAUGGAGGCUCUCAGGAGGGACCACGAGCGGAUGACAGCACUACAGCAGCAGCAGGAGGUGGAGCUGGAGGAGCUGCUGGAAAAGCAUUCCCAAAUAAGAAGCAACAGCCGCAGCCUGGAGGCUCAACACAGGGAGCUGGAGGGCAGGUACAAGGAGCUUCUCGAUGGCAAAACUCAGCUGGAGGAGAAAGAGCGAGAGAUGAAAGUGGAAAAGGAAAAAAUGGAGGCAGUGGCCCAAAGACGGUUAGAGAUGGAACGAGAGCUGGAGAGGCUGAAAGACGACAACGAGAGGCUGCAGGUCCAGCAGAAGGAGUGGCUGGCGUCUCAGGCCGAGCUGCUGGCUCAGGGCUCGGUGCUGAAGGCGGAGCUGAGUGCCUCCCAGCUAGAGAGGACUAGGCUGGAGGGGGAGCUCAGCGGGCUGAAGGAAACCAACCAGAGUCUGGACCUCAGCAAUGCUCGGCUCACCAGUCAGUACCAGCUCUUGACCCAGCUGAAGGGGAACAUGGAGGAGGAGAACCGGCACUUGGUGGAGCAGAACCAGAGUCUGCUGAAGGAAAACCGUGCCUUGCUGGAGCAGAGUCUGGAGCGUCGUGACCAGCACUACUCACAGCAGAGGGAGUAUCAGGAGAAGCUGAGUGAGCUCCGUCGGGAGAAGCAGAAGUUGGUGGAGAAGAUUAUGGAUCAAUAUAGAGUCCUCGAGCCCAACAUGCAACCUCCAGCCAGCAAGGCCAAAAAAUCUAACUGGAUUGCAGACAGAAUGAAGAAGCUAAUCAAACCCAGAGGAGGAGGAAGAGAGGGACGCGCCCUCUUCACUGCCGCAGGCAGCGUGGAAAACCUGGCUGACUGCACGGAAUUUACAUCAGAUACACACACACCGGCUCCUGAUCCCCGCAGUGCUCCAGUCUCUCCUUCUCCUCUGAGGAAAAGUGCAUCGCAAGCAGAGCCCGACAUCUCGCUUCCCGGGACGCCGGCCAUGCGCUCUGGCUCCGGGGGCCGCCGCAAACUGGGAUCCCGUCAUGGUUGGGGGCUUGGCUUGGCCAGAGGGGGCUCUGGUGUGUCCCAGUCAUUUAGUCCUGGUGACCAAAAGACGCCUCCCCGCCAGCGUCUACGCUCCAGUCAGAAUAACACGUCUGUCCUUUGGGAGGGAGCAGGAAGUAACACAAACGCAUCUCUGGAUGCUGACACAUCACUGACCUAUCAGAAGAGUGUGGAGGAGGAUGAUAGAAAAGGCCAGGAGGACGAUGUAGAAUGAGCAUUUUAUGUAAAAAGACUAAAUGAAUGUCCUCUCCAGCUGGAUGUUUUUAUAGUUUUUCUGUGUGGUGCCAUGAUAAAUUAAAUGCCAAACUGAAUAAAAAAUGGAAAAUAAAGUAAAAAUGUGGUCAUCUGGAAGAGAAAUAAAAAAUAGAUCCAAUAUUCUUUUAGAUAAAACGUAUUUCUCCCUUUUGUAUAGAUCCCAUCACAACCUGAGACAGG